GCGCCACCCAAAAAGGACGAGCAAUUGUUUGUUGUUGCUGUUGUGGUUGCGGCUGCGGUUGUUGUUAUGUGCUUAAGGCUCCAGUGGCUCUAACUGUCAGCCAGGUGGAAUGAUAAUGGCGAGGGCAGUGUGUGGCGGCUGUCCUUCAGCCAAAACCAGCAGAAAUCUAUUGAUUUUUAACAAUACCGCAUACAGACGCACGCCUAAGCUAGCGCACGCAUGUGAAUGAUGAAUCUUUGCAAACUGCGUGUUUCUCGUAUAUGUGUGCAAGCAUAACGCAAUUGAUUCAAAUUCGGAUUCGGAGAAAAUAGAAAACAGCUAAGCACAGCCACCGGCUAUGCUGUGAUACAGUGCACAAACGCUAUAAGCGAAAAACAGUGAAAUAUAUACACGCACAGACUAGUGUGGCUAAGUGUGCGCCAUUUGAAGGCCAAGUUUACGUGCGUCAAAUUGUACGGGUUAAUUGCAUUGAUUUUUGCCUACAACUUCAGCAGUAGCAGCAGCAGCAGCAACAACAACAACACCAGCGACGACAACAACAACAACAGCAAAAUCGUUUGCAUGCUGCAUUUCAAGUGAUUCAUUGGCACAAUCACAUUUAAUUAGUUAUUAGGUCAUCAAGGUGUGCCCACCCCCCCAUCUGUUUAUCUUACCGCAGGCAUUUUGAAGUGUAUAGCAUGUUAGCCAAGCUUAACAACAACAACAGCAGCAACAACAACAACACUGGCUGUUGAGUAGUGCAGUAGCUAAGGCUGCAUAAGAAGCAAGCAUAACGAUGAAUUCGUGCAGUGACAGCAGCAAUGACUCCAUGGCCAUGGAGCCGAACGCCAAUCCAACGGAACUACACAUGAAUUUUGCUGGCAGCGCCACAGGCAAGAACGUUGCUGUGUCCGCUUCGCAGGAGCGCUAUGUGUGGGAGAUGCGUACGCGUAGUCCCAAUGUAACGCCAGCCAGCACAGUGCUAAAUUCACCGGAUCUGAAUGCCGAGCUGCAGUAUGCGCCCAUGCAUCAGCAUCAGCCUUUUGAGCAGCAGCUGCCCGGCUAUCUGGGCACACAGCAGCCGCCGAACUAUUACUAUCAGCGACCGCAUCCGCAUCAGAUACGCGUGGGACGCAGUCCCGGCAGCAGCCAAUUCGAGCCGGAGGUGAGUAACGGCCUAGCCAGUCCCGGCUCACCAACGGAUGUGGGCAAAGCGGAUGGGCAUUGCCUGCGCGAUGGCGAGAUUGUUGUCUUUGAUGACAUCGACACCAAUUGGAUGAACAAACCCGCGACUACAACUGCGCUCGAUCGUCAAAGCAAUGAGGAUGUGCUGAAAGUAACCAAAAUGAUUGGACAGCUGCCCAUAGCCGAGUACGAGGGCUCGCCGCGUCGUUUUGGCAAUCAGUCAGCCGGCGCUGGACCAGUCAAGCCCGCUAGCUACAACGCCAAGCGUGCGCCGGGAUUUCCGCAGCGCGUCUCGCCAAGCACAGCGCAGCGUCUGGAGAACAACAAUGUGCUGGGCAGCAAAGCGUCCAUGGGCAAUCUGAUUGAUCUAAUUGAUCAUGAGGGCACGCCCACUAAAACAGCAGCCAAAGUGCCCACGUUCGACUAUCUGUAUGAAUUCUCAGAGACGCGCAAAGUGCUCGAAGAGUUCUUCAAAGCGAACCCAGACGAUGAUGAGAAACACUUUACUGACUAUACCACAGAGAGCGGCGAUGAUGUGGCAAGCGCUGACUUGCCGCCGCGCGUUGGCGUCUGCAACGUGGAUAAACAUAUCGAGCAGGCGUACAUUGGCCAGCGUCUGGCUAGAAUACCCAAAGAUGAGCUCUACAUGGUGCAUCGAUCGCCUCGCAAACAGUCCAGCGAGCGCAUUCCGUAUGCCGAGCACAACGACAUUGAGCUAUAUAUCGAUUCGAAUAGUCGCAGCAGCGGUGAGCUGGCCGACACCGAGCUGGAGGCGAAUCUGCGACGUCAUUCGCGCAACUUUACUUUAUCGCCGGAGACAACCGAUUACGAUUCGAACUGUGGCGACUUGGACAGCUUGUCCAAUGACAUCAACUGUGCGACAACGGACUAUGGCAAGCUCUACACAAGCAUGCCCGUGCUGGAGGAUGGACUCAGCAGUGGUCAUGCCUCCGAUACGGAGAACAAUGUGUCUGUCAUAUGCGACAAGCAGCUGCAGCAGCAGCCACAACAGUCGCCACAGCUUAUCGAGGAGCAUGAACACAAUGGCAAUAGCGAUGGCGAGCGGCUGGAGAAUGAAUACAACAGCGCCAGUCUGGCUACAGCUACCACCUGUGCCUCGCCCUCCCGCACACCUUCACCCAUGCCGCCACAGGCACGUGCCACAACGCCAGCAGAAGCAGCAGCGGCGGCGGCGGCAUCGCCUUCGCCACAGCCACAAGUACAGCUUGUCAUUGACGCAACAGCAGCAGCGCUAACUGAUAGCGACCACUACGGUCCCGUUUAUGCGGCAGCGGCGGCGGUGGCAGCGGCAACGGCCACGCUCAACAGCAAGCCAACGUCAUCGGCGAUUGGCGCAUCGUCGCCAGUUGAAAUACAGGAGGCAAUGAAAGAGAUACGCACAGCGCUGCAGCGCGCCAAGACACAACCGGAUAAGCUCAAAUAUAGUGAUGAUGGCAUGUUGCCUGCAGAUCCAGACUCGCCUGUUUGGGUGCCGCGCAAGCCAACGGCAACGCCACAUCGCGCCGAAGACGAUGAAGCCGAUACUGAUCUGGAAACAGAUCGCUUGCUGGGCCAGCAGGAUUUCUUUGGCGAACAGCUUACGGCUGCGGAUAGCAAUGCCAAUGGCUUGACCAACGAUACGGCCAGCAAUCUCAAUGGCAGCGACAAUAACAGCAAUCCCAAGCCGCAGGCUUACUCAACGGCCACCAUACGCCAGGGCAUUGGCACCUCACUGACGCCCAAUUCGCCGGACAUUUGUCAAAUUGUGGGCAAUGCCGAUGUCUCGAUCAGCUCGCCCGACAAGCUGCAGUACACCAAGAGUCCCACGGGCUCAAUUAAGUCCCUCAAGGAUGCCACCAACAGCGAUAAGAAAGCCAAAACACGCAAUAAAGAAGGUCUCUUGGAACCCAAAGUGCUGAUAGAGGGUGUGCUCUUCCGAGCUCGCUACUUGGGCUCGACGCAGCUCGUCUGCGAGGGUCAGCCCACGAAAUCGACGCGCAUGAUGCAGGCCGAGGAGGCGGUCUCACGCAUUAAGGCUUUGGCGCCGGAGGGCGAGAGUCAGCCCAGCACGGAGGUGGAUCUGUUCAUAUCCACCGAGAAGAUAAUGGUGCUCAAUACGGAUCUCAAAGAGAUUAUGAUGGAUCAUGCGCUGCGCACCAUUUCCUACAUAGCCGACAUUGGGGAUCUGGUGGUGCUCAUGGCGCGUCGUCGCUUCGUGCCCAACAGCGUGGGCGUCGUCGUCGAUACGCUCUCCUGCAAUGCCACCGCCGGCGACAGCAUAGAGAGCGAGGCGCUGAAAGAAAAAGAGAACAACGGUAGCGGCAAUAACAAGGAGAGUGGCGGCGGCUCGUCCAACAACAAACUGAAUCGCACACCCAAAAUGAUUUGCCAUGUGUUUGAGAGCGAUGAGGCGCAGUUUAUAGCGCAGUCCAUUGGUCAGGCAUUCCAGGUGGCCUACAUGGAGUUCCUCAAAGCGAAUGGCAUUGAGAACGAGAAUCUGGCCAAGGAAAUGGACUACCAGGAGGUGCUCAACAGCCAGGAGAUAUUCGGCGAUGAGCUCGAAAUCUUUGCCAAGAAGGAGCUGCAAAAGGAGGUUGUGGUGCCCAAGGCCAAGGGCGAAAUACUCGGUGUCGUUAUUGUCGAGAGCGGCUGGGGCUCCAUGCUGCCCACUGUGGUCAUUGCCAAUCUCAUGUCCGGCGGUGCAGCAGCGCGCUGUGGCCAACUUAACAUUGGUGACCAGCUCAUUGCCAUCAAUGGCAUGAGCCUGGUCGGCUUGCCGCUGUCCACCUGCCAGAGCUACAUACGCAAUGCCAAAAAUCAAACUGCCGUCAAGUUCACCGUUGUGCCCUGUCCGCCUGUGGUUGAGGUCAAAAUACUGCGACCCAAGGCGCUCUUCCAGCUUGGAUUCAGCGUUCAAAAUGGCGUGAUCUGUAGUCUGCUGCGUGGCGGCAUUGCUGAGCGUGGAGGAGUGCGCGUUGGCCAUCGCAUCAUUGAGAUUAAUAAUCAGAGCGUUGUGGCUGUGCCACAUGACACGAUUGUCAAGCUAUUGUCCUCAUCUGUGGGUGAAAUUUUAAUGAAGACCAUGCCCACAUCUAUGUUUCGUUUGCUCACCGGCCAGGAGACGCCAAUUUAUAUCUAACAAAAUAUUAACUUUAGUCUUAUACAACAAAUGCUCACAGCAAUAUUCAAACACCAAUACCAUUUUACCACUUGGCACACACUUAAAGUUCUGUCUAUGGCUUAAAUACUACUGAUCCUCAUGCAUGCAGGUCCGUCCGUCCGUCCGUCCAUCCGUACGGACAGUUGAUGGAUGGUUGCGCACCUCAAAUACCAAAUACUUAAUAACUUUUUUGAAAUUAAACUAUCCAUACUCAAACUUAACCUAACCUAAGCUAAGCUAAGCUUAAGCCUAAGCUAAUGCUAAGCACUCAAGGCAGUUUUGCUUGAUUUACUUAAAUCACUUCACGCUUCUGUUUGCUUAUUCCCUGCUGCUGCGAAAAGAGUCAGUAACUAUAUAAUGAUUUCCUUAUAUAGCUACUUGCUUUUCUUGCUGCUCUAUAUACAUGAAUAAGACUGAAUUUUAUGUUUUGUGUAUUGGCCAGAGCGUAACAGCUAAACAGAAAGACAGAGAAAGAGAGAUACUUUGUAUCUCUGUGUGAGAGAAAGAGCGCGUUGUAUACUUUAUAAGAUA